CGCCUAAAUCCUAGAGAGGCGGGCUAAGUAAGGCUCGGGGGAGGGCGUGUCCUCCGGAAAGCCUGGAUUCCCGGACGUCCAGACUAGCUUCUCACCAAACUCCCACGUGUGAGCUGAUGGGAGAAAAUCGGCUACCCUUUGUACCCAUCUGUGACUUUCAGACAGAAGCCGACGCUGCCUUCAGGAUGAAAUUAGGACUCGCAGGAGGCCGGUUCCGGAGACAGACGAUGGAAACUUGGCGGGAGCACGCAUGCGUGGUAGGCUCCCUCCACGUGCCACCUGGCCGCGGCCUCCCCGCCUCCGAGGCCCCGCCCCGGCCCCAGCAUCUUUCCGGACGCGCGGAGCCAGCAGGGAGGAAGAAGGUUGGGCCUCGCAGCUCGGCCCCGCCUCAGCAGCCUCCCAUUGGGCUUGGGUGAGGGUGCCCGUUCUGACCGGCUCUCUAUUGGAGCGCGCUUGAGAGCCACGCGCCCUAUUGGGCCGUGCGGAUUUGGGCACCAAAUUCAAAGAUUUUAAAAGUACCAGCUGGCGCCUUUUAGAAGAUACAGCUCUGCGGAGCGGGCGGCCCGCUUCCGUGCUGAGGUAGCGGUUCUCUCACCUGACGCGGAUCGUCUUCCUCUGGCAUGAGCCGGCGCCCCUGCAGCUGCCCUCCACGGCCCGUCCCCAGCUCCUGCCGCUGCAGCGCCCUGACAGCCGUCGGGCGCCCUCGCCCCUCGGAUAGUUAUAAAGAAGAAAGUUCCAGUCUUUCUGUCAAAAUGAAGUGUGAUUUUAACUACAACCAUAUUCAUUCUGUAUUUAAACUGGUAAAACCUGAUGAUAGUAGAAAACUGGAUUCCUCCACUCCUGUCUAUUUGGAAAGUUCUUAUAAAGACUGCAUUAAAGACUUUGAAAGGUUAUCAGAUACUGGGUCACCAGUUGUGAGCCCCAGGAUUGUAGAACCUGAAACUGAAAGCAAGCCCUUGAAUAACAAGGAAAAUCAGCAUGUGCAACAAACACUUAAUAAUUCAAGCCAAGUAGGAGAACUGGAGGCCAAUGAACCUUAUGAAGACAGUGGAUAUUCUUCAUUUUCCCAACAAAGUGGCCUCAAUGAACAUGAGUGUAGCCUUCCCCUGGAGGAAAAUUUCAGUGACAGUCCACAAUCCUGCCUGCUACAGACACAAAGCCCAGACCAAUAUCCCAACAAAAAUUUGCUGCCAGCUCUUCAUUUUGAAAAAAUGGUUUGUUCAACAUUAAAAAAGAAUGCCAAACGCAAUCCUAAAAUAGACUGGGAAAAGCUGAAGGAAUUUAUGUCCAGUGGAAAUUUUAGACUACAGAAUAUAAUUGGCAGGAAAAUGGGCCUAGAAUGUGUAGAUAUUCUCAGUGAACUCUUUCGGAGGGGACUCCGGCAUCUCUUAGCAAAUAUUUUAACACAGCUCAGUGAUAUGGACUUAAUCAAUGUGUCUAAAGUAAGCACAACUUGGAAGAAGAUUCUAGAAGAUGAUAAGGGAGCAUUGCAGUUGUAUCAUAAAGCAAUACAAAGAGUUACUGAAAAGAACAUUAAGUUUUCACCAAAUGCUUCAACCAGAGAAUGUAUUACGUUCAGACCCGCAUUAGCUUCUGUUCAAAGAUCAGCAACACAAACUGCCCCCAAGAAAGGUGCUCGAACCAAGUCAUCAGACCCGGGUGAUGAGAAAGGUUCUACUUGCAGUCGGUACAGUGAAUUCUGCGAGGUUGCCAAGACUUUGAAAAAGAAUGAAAGCCUCAAAGCAUGUAUUCGCUGUAAUUCACCUGCAAAAUAUGAUUGCUAUUUACAACGAGCAACCUGCAAACGAGAAGGCUGUGGAUUUGAUUAUUGUACAAGGUGUCUGUGUAAUUAUCAUACCACCAAAGACUGUUCAAAUGCCAAGCCCCUAAAAGCCAGUUAUAAAAUGAGUCCUCUGCCUGGUACUAAAAAAAGCAAGAAGAAUUUACGACGAUUGUGAUCUGUUAUUAAAUCAACUGUAAUCAUGAAGGUUAAAAAAUGUUAGGUUUUAAUUUAAAAAAAUAAAAAUGAAUGUAUUGUGAUUUCCAAUUUUAUGUUGAAAUCAAUGUAGUACAUGGGAUUUUUUUCCCCAGUUAGUAAAGCAGAUACAUAACCUAUUAUUUUACAAUUUAAUGUGAAAAAGUUUAAGAUUCUUAGUAUAAAUCAGAACAUUUAAGUGUUUUAAGAAAAAAAGGAAAACUAGUUACCUGAUAUUUGUGAUUCAGAGGUAAAAUAAAAUUGACUCAAUUUUAUGGUAAAGGCCAUAUCAUUUUACCUAGACAAUCUUAAAUAUAAAUCUUAUUUACCUUCUAUUAGCAUCUGAGACAUUUUAUCUGCCUUAGCCAAAUUAAUACGUAUUGAAAUACCAAUUUCUAGAGUCUUAAUUUAUGUUUUACCUCCUUUGACUUUUUUUUCAGUGUGUGUGUAUUUCCCUCAUAAAAGCAUCCUUUGUGAAAUCUUAUGUGUUUUCCUUGUUUGCAAAGUCUGUUUUAAUAUUUUUGUACAUAUGUAAAUAUUCUGUACUUUUUUAUGUAUCAAAUGUUUCUUUUGUAUAUAUGUAAGUAAUUCUUGUUCCUGUUAUGAAUAAAAUUGUUACAAACCUGAUACAUAA